GCUCGAAUCAUUCGCGGCCGAGCAGCGCUAGUUCGCUGUACGUCGAUUUCAGUUUUUGAUGUGUGUUGUUGAGUGAAAAAAUAGAAUUUGGUUAGAACUGCAAAGUAGAAUUUGUAUCUUGAUACGUCGCGGAUCUACUGUUUUUUAAAAAAUGUCGUCGAACGAUGUCGACAAGGAGAAGAGGAAGCAGAUUUCGGUGCGCGGCAUCGUAGACGUUGAGAACGUCGGUAAUUUCAAGAAGACUUUUAACAGACACCUUCAUUACACCCUAGUAAAGGACCGGAAUGUCGCCACAACUCGAGAUUAUUAUUUUGCACUCGCCCACAGUGUUAAAGACAAUCUUGUCUCAAGAUGGAUUCGAACUCAGCAGCACUACUACGAACAUGACCCCAAGAGAGUUUAUUACUUGUCCCUGGAGUACUACAUGGGCAGAUCUCUACAAAACACUAUGAUCAAUUUAGGAAUUCAAGGUGCCUGUGAUGAAGCCAUGUACCAGAUGGGUCUCGAUAUCGAGGAACUAGAAGAACUCGAAGAAGAUGCUGGUCUUGGAAACGGUGGUUUGGGUCGUUUAGCCGCCUGUUUUUUGGACAGCAUGGCCACUUUAGGUCUGGCUGCUUACGGGUACGGACUCCGUUACGAAUACGGAAUUUUCGCCCAGAAAAUAAAGAAUGGAGAACAAGUAGAGGAGCCUGACGAUUGGCUCAGGUACGGAAAUCCCUGGGAAAAAGCCCGUCCAGAAUUUAUGCUUCCAGUGAAUUUUUACGGUCACGUUAUCGACACUCCCGAGGGCAAGAAAUGGGUGAACACGCAGGUCGUCUUCGCCAUGCCUUACGAUAAUCCAAUUCCCGGCUACAAAAACAACGUGGUCAAUACUUUAAGACUGUGGUCCGCGAAAUCGCCAACCGAGUUCCACCUGAAAUUCUUCAAUGAUGGUGACUACAUUCAGGCUGUGAUCGACCGAAACUUGGCCGAGAACAUCACCCGGGUCUUGUAUCCCAAUGACAACUUCUUCGAGGGCAAGGAGUUGCGACUGAAACAAGAAUACUUCAUGGUUGCGGCAACACUUCAGGACAUCAUCCGCCGUUACAAAUCCAGUAAAUUUGGAUCCAGGGAACAUCACAGAACAGACUUUGAUAGUUUCCCUGACAAGGUCGCUAUUCAGUUGAACGACACGCAUCCUUCCUUGGCAAUUCCUGAACUGAUGCGAAUCCUCAUUGACAUUGAGGGUCUUUCCUGGGAAAAGGCCUGGGACAUCACAGUGAGAACGUGUGCCUACACCAAUCACACUGUUCUUCCUGAAGCUCUGGAAAGGUGGCCAACAAGCUUGCUCGAGUCGAUCUUGCCAAGGCAUUUGCAGAUUAUCUAUCACAUCAACUUUCUCCAUCUUCAGAAUGUUGCGUCCAAGUGGCCCGGUGACCUGGACCGAAUGCGUCGCAUGUCCUUGGUCGAGGAAGAAGGCGACAAGAGAAUCAACAUGGCUCAUUUGUCGAUAGUUGGAAGUCACGUCUGCAACGGAGUUGCACGAAUUCAUUCGGAGAUCGUGAGAGAGACUGUGUUCCGCGAUUUCAGCGAAAUGAACCCAGAAAAGUUCCAGAACAAGACCAACGGCAUCACUCCAAGAAGAUGGCUCUUGCUCUGUAAUCCGAAUCUCUCCGACAUUAUCGAAGAGAAAAUUGGCAGCGAUUGGACGGUCCAUUUGGAGCAGUUGGCUCAGCUGAAACAGUGGGCCAAGGAUCCGGCCUUUCAACGUAGCAUCGUCAAGGUCAAGCAGGAAAACAAACUUCGCCUGGCAGAGCACUUAGAGAGCCAAUAUGGAGUCAAGGUUAAUCCAGCGUCGAUCUUCGAUAUCCAGGUGAAACGUAUUCACGAGUAUAAGAGGCAGCUUCUGAAUUGCUUGCACGUCAUCACGCUUUACAACCGAAUCAAGAGAAACCCUUCGGCUCCAUUUGUGCCCAGAACUGUGAUGAUUGGUGGCAAAGCUGCUCCAGGUUAUCAUUUGGCAAAAAAGAUCAUCAAGCUCAUCUGCAGUGUUAGCAAUGUCGUCAACAAUGAUCCCAUCGUCGGGGAAAAAUUAAAGUUCAUCUUCCUCGAAAACUACAGAGUCACUCUCGCUGAGAAAAUCAUUCCUGCUGCCGAUCUGAGUGAACAGAUUUCGACUGCAGGAACAGAGGCGUCAGGAACUGGAAACAUGAAAUUCAUGUUGAAUGGAGCGCUAACGAUCGGCACCCUCGACGGCGCGAAUGUAGAAAUGGCCGAGGAAAUGGGUAACGAGAACAUUUUCAUUUUUGGUAUGACUGUGAGCGAGGUUGAGGAACUGACGAAGAGAGGCUACAAUGCAUAUGAUUAUUACAACAAAUUGCCGGAGGCGAAACAGGCAAUCGAUCAAAUCCAGGGUGGAUUUUUCAGUCCCAGCAAUCCCGAAGAAUUCAAAGACAUAGCUGAUGUUCUUCUCAAGUGGGACAGAUUCUACCUUCUCGCUGAUUUCGAGAGUUACGUUAAGAUGCAGGAUCGCGUCAGUCAAGUUUAUCUGGACGAGACAAAAUGGAUCGAGAUGGCAAUCUACAACAUAGCUUCCGCAGGAAAGUUUUCCUCAGACCGCACAAUUGCAGAGUACGCUCGUGAAAUUUGGGGUGUGGAACCAAACUGGCAAAAGCUUCCCGAUCCCCAUGAGCCCCGUGAUAUAUAAAUCUUUUCCGAAUAUCAAAAAUUAAAUAAGAAAUGAACGUCCACUGCGUCUACCUCCCGACAAUUUAUUGCAGAUUUUUUUGAAGCUCUCUCAUAGAAAAGAUAGAACAAUCGUUGAAAAUUUCUUCAAUUUUUAUUUAAAAAAUUAUUCUCUGCUGUCGAGACGCUUUUGAGAUUUCGUUCAAUGCCUGAUUCAGCGGAGAUUAUUAAAAAUAUUGGUACUAAGUACUAAUUCUACCUUAAUUUGAAAGGUUUGUUAUUAAUUUUUUUUCGUAUUAUACAAUAUGAAAUUUAUAAUAACAAGGCCUUCUCCACUGACAUUUUUUUUUUUCAUUUGGCGAGUUUCAAACUUUGGUCAAAUACGUAGAAAGCUUUAAUUGGUACAGUCGGCUGAAUUACAGCUGGCGUGAAAAUUUCAGACACGUUAUUUUUCAACAAAUCACAUACAUCGAAUUAAUUUUGAUUGACAAUAAAUAAUCAUUUUUAUCCGAAACUUGGAAUUAAAAAAAUACAUCUAGAAAAAUUAAAUUGCUAUUUUAUGAAAUAGAUAAAAAGUAGCUUUUGCUUGAAAAUGUAAGAGUUAAUUAAGAUGGAAAUGUUUUCUGAACUCAGAAAUCCUGUUUAAGAUACUCAGAUUAAAUCGUAUUUUGAGCAGUAUGUUUUUUAAAGUUUGCAUGUAAAUUAAUGCUCGAAGAUAUUUAUAUUUGUAUCCAUAUCGUGAGAGUUUAUUAAAUGAUUUAUAGGGCGGCUAACUCUGCGCACAAAAUAAUAUGUGAUAAAUUAAAAGAAAAAAUAAUCCAGAGACUUGAUAGUUUUUAGUCAUCUGUUUAAUUGGGUUUGAAAAUAACUAUCUGAAUGUUAAUAUAUCGCAAAUUUCGAGAGACUAUAAAGGCUAUAAGGUGAAAUAAAAUUGUUGUUAUCAA